AUGACCAAACUAGAGUAUGAAAAUGGCGCCGACUAUGUGGAAACAGCCCAAAAUUUUGUCUCGGCCAUGUAUCCUCAGAUAGAAUUCACGGUGGUCCCGGACAAUUACAUCGGCAGCAACGGCGUCGGUCAUGUUCACUUCAGGGAGGUCGUGCUUGGUAAAGAAAACCAAUUAUCUCACCUGACCGUCAAUAUUGAUCCUCAAGGGGACGUCUUCUCUUUUGGGGGCAAUUUUCGGAAUCGGAAAAGUCAAUUUCGGUCAUACUAUCCUCCCCGUCUUCAAAAGCGCUCUGACGCAGAUCCUCUUGAAGCUCUGAAAGGCGUGGAUAAAGCCCUGGGUCUUGGAAUGGAUCUGAAGAAUGCCAAGGUCGAGGUUCAACUGGAUGCAGCUCAUAAGGAGCUCAACGGUCGGAAAGCUUUCAACACCUACAAGCUCACUGGCAUCAAGGGUGUGGCUUCCAACGCCAAAGCUAAACUCUGCGUAUACCCCGGGGCCAACGGAGAUCUUGUGGAAGCAUGGGAAAUCUACACGAUGCAAUCGGACAGGUGCUAUGUUACCUACAUCGAUGCUGCAACCAACACGCAGAUUCUCGAUGUUUUUGACCAGAUACGGAAUUUUUCUAAGUUCAAGGUUUAUCCAUUCGAUGUCAGCGACCCGACAGAUGGCCCCCGUACUGUUCUUAAAGAUCCCUGGGAUAUCAAGGCAUCUCCAUACACCUGGAUCGAUAUGAGCGACAUCACAACCUUAGGCAAUAAUGCCAUUGCGCAUUCAAAUCCCGAGGGGUUGCAGGAUUGCCUCGAUUGUCACCGCGCUAAAACUCGAAAAUACAACUUCGACUACGAUUACGAUCCUAAGAUGGACAGCCCUGAGAGAUAUCGCGACGCCGCAAUCACCCAAGCUUUCUACACCGUGAACAAAUGUCAUGACGUCUUCUACACGCUCGGAUUUAACGAGGUGGCCGGGAACUUCCAGACUUUUAAUAGCAGGAAGGGGGGCCUCGAAGGUGACCAUGUCAUUGUGAACGUCCAAGUAGGGACGAAGGUCAACAAUGCCAUCAUGGUAACCCCCACCGACGGAACUUCGGCAUAUAUGUGGCUGUAUCUGUAUAAUAACACCACCCCAGUAAGAGACGUCGCUUUCGAGCGGGGUAUUGUGAUACAUGAGUAUACUCAUGGAGUUUCGAACCGUCUCACUGGCGGUCCUCUUGGCCGAUGUCUGGAAGGAUUCGAGUCUAGGGGCCUUGGAGAAGGCUGGAGCGAUUUUAUGGCAUUAGCCCUUGGCCUCAAGCCAAGCGACAAACAGUCAACAGACUGCUUCCAUUCACCUUGGGUAAGGGACAAUCCCAGAGGAGGCCGUAUUUAUCCUUACAGCACAAACACGACGACAAAUCCAAUGCUUUACGACAACAAUAACGGUCAACAAGAUUACUACUUUCUCGGGACCUACUGGGCGAAUGUUCUAUUCGAAAUCAUGUGGGACAUGAUCAGGAAGCAUGGGCGCAAUGACGAUGCGGUUCCAGAAUUCCGACCAGGCACAGCCAUCCCCUCUGAUGGAAGGUACCUAACAAUGAAGCUGGUUAUGGAUGCCAUGGCAUUGCAACCCUGCAAUCCAAACAUGAUACACGCUCGAGAUGCCAUUCUUGACGCCGAUCGUAUUCUCACUGGCGGUAAAAACCUAUGCACACUCUGGAGGGCGUUUGCGAGAAGAGGCCUGGGCUCCGAUGCCAAACAUCUUCCAGGACGUACCUUUGAUGAACAGGGUAAUAAGGAUGAACGGGCUAAUAAGGAUGAACGGGUUAAUAGUGAGGACCUACCAAAGGGUGUGUGUUCUUGA